AUGUCGAUGCUAACUCCUCCCACUGGUCAAGAAUUAUACGAUCCAUUAAGUCAAAAUGUUUGGCGAGUCGUGCUAGCGCUUGUUAUUUGCAUCAUGAUUAUUUUUAAAGUUGGAAGGCAAGUUAGAGGUAGGUUUUAUAUGUUCGUUGAAGUCUUUUAUAUACAAAUAGUUUCUCCAGCGGGCUGUUACUGUUUCGUCAUAGUAUGCUACAUCGUUCUCUUUAUGUCGCUUUGGUUGCUUCCAUUUCAGACAUCUGACAUGUUUCACUAAUAAAGCAUAUGCAUGUGUUUUACACAAGCACACACAUGUGUUUUUACAAAAAUUGCUUCUAUUGUGAAAAUUAUACAAAAGAAGUUGAAAAAUUCGCAACUUGAAAAAGUAAUAGUCGGGUGAGUUACUACUUCGUGUAAGGAACACAUAAUAGUUUGAGGUAAUUAAAAGUAGGUGAAAUAGUCAGAUGGUGUUAAACUGGGGUUAGGUUAGGGUUAAGGUCAGGGUUAUGACUAACUUUUAUGAUCACACAUACCUUCCACACAUUAAAUCUAAGUUUAUAAAAUGCAUGAAAACAUACCUACAUUUAGUACAUUACUUUUUUUGAAAUUAAUAACAUACACUUAAUGUCUGCUCCCAAGGGAAAUAGGUAGUUUUGUUUUCCCGAGAGUCUCAUCGAAACGUCGAUAGUUUCUGAUACAGUAGUUGUACUAUCAGUCGAAACGUCGAUAGUUUCUGGUAGUUGCACUUAUGUCUCUAUCACACCGCGGCUGUCUGUUAUCGGCGCUACCUACAUUGGCACCGACCGUUCGAGAUUGUGGCUUAUCCAGGGAUGGGCGAUGCCGUGAUAGCAGCUUUUACCAUUACCCGGGCCAGUAGAGGUUAGGAGCGGGGAUGGGGAUCAUUAUUAUCAACACACACUGCAACACCUCCCCCUCGACCUCGAACAGGUCACAUGAAGUAUAUACCAUCAUUUUAUGAGGCCGCUGACCAAAAUGAAAGAAUAUCGCAGGCUCAGAAGUAUCGAAACAAUCGGUAUUUCUUGAGAGGUUAGGAGCGGGGUUGGGGUUGAGUUAGGGGUCAACCUGAUACACUAUAAUAGCAAUCGAUAUUUCUUGCCAGUAUCGAUACUUUUCUUCAAAACCCUGGUAUCGAUAGUAUCGGGUAUUUGGUAUAUCGUUAUCGGCCCAUCCCUAGGCUUAUCAUAUACUUUAAGUAUAACAGACAUUACACAAGAUACGCACUUCAUUUGGACGGUGUUGUAAGGGUGUAAAAUUUACUGAUCCAAAUUUUCUGUUACCUUACCUAAAACUGUUAAAAGCUGGUGUUUGAAAUGACUGCGAAUUCGUGUGUAUAUUUAAAGCUAUUAAAGAAUAUAGAAUAUAUGCGGGCCAAAAUCUGCUAGCAGGAUUAGGGUGAAUGCUUCCCAAAAAAGUUUGAAAUGGUUUAAACUCCUAAAGAAGAGCUUGGAAAUGUAUCUGAAAUUCCCGUAUACUAUUCAUGAUCAUUUGCGUGCGUUUUAUACUUCUAAAUUCCAGUGCACCAACUUAAAUUCACAAGUCACAACUUUGUACAAAACGCAAAAAUUUGAUGUAGUCUGUUUACUGUUUGUGUCUUUUCGAAUUAUGAUUUCGUUUAAAUAUUAUUGCAUGUAUAAAAAAUACCAUCCAUAUAUGAGGCUAAUCUCAAUAUCCGAGCAGGAAGAUGAAGGGGAUUUCUUGUAUGAUGUACCGACUAUUAAUAUUACCAUGUAUCUUACAAUCAGUUUAAUUAAACCAUAUAAGAGCUGGAUGCUUACUAUGAGUUCAGCACUUCUAAAUUUACGCAAUUUAUGCAGACUGUUAGUGGCGUUGUGUAAUUUCCAAAAUAAUUCAAAAUUAAUUCUGUGCAAUAUAUCAAAUGUCAUAGAAUAUUCCUGUUUCUAUAUACUCGUUGCAAGCAAUUAUGAGACUGCAUAUGACGUUGGUAAAAGAUUCCUCAAAGUUAAUCAUUUAGUGAAAUGGCUACCAAUUCCUUGUCAAGAAAAAUUACCGACCAUAGAUUACAGUUACCGAGCGUUCUAUCAAUCGACUAAUUUACCGACUGUUUCACUGAAAGUGUGGGCCACCCUCCCCCGCACACUACGUCCCUGAUUAUCGAAUACGUAAGAAAGAAAUAUUUCUCGAAGAAUUCCGACGCCAUCUUUAUGUACAUUUCCCCGGGGGUUGCCCGGGGGGAUGAUGACUGGAAUAAUUGAACCAUACAUUAGUGUUUUGUUAUAUAGCGACGAAAAAGAAAUCAACAACGUUCAUCAUACUUCAAAGCCACAAAAUAGAAGACCUUUGACUUUGUUUGAUGUUGAACUGUACCUCACCGUGCACAAAUCCUUUGUCUCAACUUCAGUAAAUAUUAUUCAUCGUCGUUGUAGUUUCAUCUCAGCUAUCCUUAUUGGACGAUUACUUCAUUAUACGAAUAUACAAUGAGCUCAAUCACGUGACCGUGCAUAAAUUAACAUAAACUCAGACAAAAACAUAAUACAAUGACUUCUGUUCAGUUUCCAGACCAUCAUAUCUUGAUAGACUAUGCGUUCAUACAACAUUUGCAUUUCACGAUAAAAGUUUAAACGAUUUUAAAAUUGAAAGAACCUACUUAAAUGGUUUCAGCGACAUUUCCUGUUGCCUGUUGUGCAUUUUUCUUCUCUUUUAGAUUGUUUAAAUUAACCUGGGAAAACAUAGUUUAUAAGACUUGCAGCUAGCGACAGGAAUUGCGGCGACCACUCAUUGGUCAAUAAAUAUAGCUCUUAUGUUCUUUGUUAUUACGUAAUUUAAAUUAAUGUCGAGAACCGCUGCCUCAAAUGCUUUAAUUGAUAAAAUUAUGGCGGGAAACAGCGCAGCGUUCUCCUCAGUCUAACUUCUAAGGAAAUUUCUUUAACUGACGAAAUUUGCACCCCUUUAAGGAUGUUUCUAACUCUCCUUCGUUUGCGCAUGAUUAAACCAGAUUUACGCUAACGACUUUGGAUGUAGAUAAAAAAUUGAAAAUACCACUGUUCGAUUCAGUGAAACAAUAUCUCCUACUAAAUUCCUACCGAUAGUUUUAGUCAAAUGUCAACAUUAUAGCGAUUUAUGACCUUUGAGAGGUCAAGCGGCAUAAUAUUUCAUUAAAUUAGACAAUUUUCCCGAACAAUGUAAAUACAGGUAUUACUAAAGCUGCAUUCCAGUUACGCGUUUUUCAUAUGUGCGUACACGCACGUAAAAGUUGAAUUCGCUUUACAUCCUACUUAUGAAAUAACUAAAUUUAUAAAAGCCAUUAAAAGGACAGCAUUCAGUUUUGUGUAUGAUUUAAUGUGUAUUUGUUAAGGUUAUUUGCACUUAUAUGAAAUUUUAAGCGAAUUCGACUUUUACGUGUACGUGUACGCACGUAUGAAAAACGCGUAACUGGAAUGCAGCCUUAAGCCAUAGCGUGUGGCACGCGCGUGCGAGUAAAAACCCGAUAUUUUGAAAAAUUCAAAAUAAAUAUUUCUACUUGCCGUAUUCAAACGAAACUUUCUACAUGAAAGCGCUUGCAUGUUUUGCAUACAGGGAGCAUUUUACUCCUAUUGACUUGGGGCGAAUUCUGAACAGUUUAGAAGAUAUUCAAGUUUUUUUUCGAUAUCGUCACUCAACACUCAAGCGAUAAAACUGAUAUCGCCUCGCCCCUCACAUGACUGCCUAUACACUGCCUCGUCCCCAGUCGCUUAUUAAUCAGGAGAAAUGAAAAAACCGAAUAAUUAAGAGGAAAACGAAUAAUUAGAAUAAUUAAUGACGAUGGGCGCGCGUUUGCGCGCUCGUCCUUAGUUGCGGGCGUGCGCCUUUAUCGGGCUUGCAGUGCACGCGCUGAACUAUAUAUUACUGAUAUUUAAAUACGUUGAUCUCAGUUAAAUUUGAUCUACAUAGAGGAGCCUGUGGAGGAGGCAGGCCUAUACAUAUCAUACUCCAACCCAUUGUUAAAUAUUUAUAUUUUCACCAGGUGAUUAGAAAUGCACAUAAUUAUAUACAAUACACAGUUAAACCGUAUUGCUAUUUUGUAAUAUUUCAUAAUAUAUGCUUAUUGCAUGUCUGCAAAUGCUGCAAUUCGAAUUCCAUCUUUUGUAAACAUACAUGACGCUUCUCUGUUCUCGUUUGUUAUAUAUAGUUUUAAAAAUACUGAAAAUACUAAUAUAAAGACUUGCUUGCUCAAACAGCAGGCUCAAAGCAAUUGAAAGCUGAGGCAGCGGUUUUCAACAUUAAUUCAUUUAUGACGUAAUAUAUCAUAAGAGCUAUAUUUAUUGACCAAUGAGUGGUCGCCGCAAUUCCUGUCGCUAGCUGCAAGUCUUGCGAGUUACGUCGCCAUUUUGUUUAUUUAUGUGGCCGGUCAGGGCGGACAACAAUUUUUCACUUGUUUCCCAGCGGGAUACAUUACAUGCAUCUACGGCCACGUGACCACAAAUCAGUCAGUCACGUUUGGCGUUCACCCUAGCUACAUAACAAUUCAACAAUAAAAAGCACUAAUGUUUAUUUUUGCCAUUAAUUUGAUUUUGUAAAAAAGAUAAAAUUAUCGUGUUACCAUGACAACUCAUAUUAGUUGCCGCGAGCACGAAUCUGCAUUCUGUCAAGUUGCAGUACUUCAUGUCGAAACAAAGAUAGCAAAUACAGUAAGGCGAGGUUAAUGCAUGCAUGUAUUGCCUUUGGGCAAUACUGGAAAAUCCUGCCUUGUCAGUAGCCAAUCAAAUUGGGCGAUUCACAAUUAAAACAAAUGCUUAAUUGGCAUUUAAUAAUAAAAAUUAUUUAGUAAACAUUACAAAACAUAGUUGCCGCAUAAUUCAAUUGAAGGUCUUUUAAUCACUAUACGUACUGUCAACCUCGUUUUGGAUGUUUCAAGCUAUGACAAAAUAACUCGUUGUGUUUUAAUAAAUAAAUUUUAUAUUUUUUUCUCAGCAACCUUGAAGACCGUUAGAGCAAAAAACCACUGGAUCAAAUGGCAGACUGAGGAACUUCAAGAAGAUCUAACAUACUGCCAUCCACGAUGGCCUCAGGAGGCAAGAGCAAUACAAAAUAAAAUCAAAAUAAUUAAUAAAUUAAAAAUAUUCAUUGCAGAGGAUGCAUGGUUUUACUACGAUUGGAUCGCUUUGAUCGUUAUGAUUGCUACACUUGCUUUGCAUAUCGCUUACUACAAAGUUGAUGCAAAUGAUGACAUAAGAUUUGCAUAUACUAGGAUUCGUAGUAUUGCCAGUCUUGUUGUGUCUCUUCGUUUGCUUAAAGAUUUGAGAUCAUUUCCAGGUAUCGGUACCCUUAUCAUAAUCCUUGGUCAAACUAGUGAUGACUUUAUCAACUGGGCAUUCUUGUUCUUUCUAAUUUUCAUUCCAUUUUCUGCAUCAUUUUGGAUCAUUUUCGGCGGCCCAUCACUCAAACCUGUAUUGCAUUAUGAUAAACCUGCCAGUUUAUUAUACUCUGUCUUCAGAAUGGCCGUUGGUGAUGAUUUUAAUUUGGAAGGAUUGGUUGCAGCAGAACCUGAUAUGGCUCGUAUCUUGACAGUUAUGUAUGUCACAGCUGAAUGA